GUUUGGUGGGCGGUCCAACCACCGAUACCGGUUCGAACCGGUCACAACACACCCGUAUAUAAUCCCCCUAGUUUCUUGGUCUCCCCAAUUCAGGGUCUAAAGUCUAUCUCUGAAUUAGAUUACCAAAAUCACUCCCAACAAAUUCACUUCAAAACUCCCCCAAAAAAAAAAAAAAAAAACUGAGAGAAAUGGCAACCAACGGUGAAGGAAAGCAACAGGAGGUCAGUAGGCACCAGGAGGUCGGCCACAAGAGCCUUCUCCAAAGCGAUGCUCUUUACCAGUAUAUUCUGGAGACUAGUGUGUACCCGAGAGAGCCAGAGCCAAUGAAGGAGCUCAGGGAGAUUACAGCAAAGCAUCCAUGGAACAUCAUGACCACAUCGGCCGACGAAGGGCAAUUCCUGAACAUGCUUUUGAAGCUCAUCAAUGCCAAGAACACCAUGGAGAUUGGUGUCUACACCGGUUACUCCCUCCUCGCCACUGCCCUCGCACUUCCCGACGACGGAAAGAUUUUGGCUAUGGACAUAAACAGGGAGAAUUACGAGCUUGGUCUUCCGGUGAUUGAGAAAGCCGGAGUUGCCCACAAGAUUGAUUUCAGAGAAGGCCCUGCUCUCCCUGUUCUUGAUCACAUGAUUGAAGAUGGGAAGUACCAUGGAACGUUUGACUUCAUCUUUGUGGAUGCUGACAAGGACAACUACUUGAAUUACCACAAGAGGUUGAUCGAGUUGGUCAAGGUUGGAGGCGUGAUCGGCUACGACAACACCCUCUGGAAUGGCUCUGUGGUGGCGCCACCAGACGCACCCCUCCGCAAGUACGUCAGGUACUAUAGGGACUUUGUGCUCGAGCUCAACAAAGCGCUCGCUGCCGACCCUAGGAUUGAAAUUUGCAUGCUCCCCGUUGGUGAUGGAAUCACGCUUUGUCGUCGGGUCAACUAAAAUAUUAAAUCCUGUCAUUGAUUGACCAGCAGUUUCACCUUCAGUUCACCUUCGGUUAAUUGGUCGUUGCCCGCUAUAAAAUUAAUGAAGCAAACCAUAAAUAUAUUUUUUUUCAAAAAAAAAAAAUAUUACUUUGCCUUCUUACCUUGGCUUUUAUCUUUAUUUUUUUAAUUUUGUGUAUUAAUUUCAAUUUGUAUUCGGCAUGAAGAAAGUGGACGUACAGUUAAAGUGUAUGUCAUGCUCAACUAUAUAAUUAAUGCGGAUUUUGUUUAUUUUAAGGUUCCUUUUGAUAAUA